UUAAACAACAGCACCCCGAGAAACAACCAAAAAAAAACCAUAAACAUGAGUCUACAGUCGGAUGCCGUUUUCCAGAAAAUCAUCGAUGGCCUGAAGGAGAACGAGGCUAAGGCCAAGGCGGUGAAUGGUGUGUUUGUCUACAAAAUCACCAAGGAUGGCAAGGUGGCCAAGGAGUGGACUCUGGACUGCAAGAGCGCCAAGGCCUAUGAGGGACCCGCACAGGGCGUCAAAGUGGACACCACACUGACGGUGGCCGAUGAGGAUAUGGUUGAUAUUGCCCUCGGCAAGCUCAAUCCCCAGGCUGCAUUCAUGAAGGGAAAAUUGAAGAUUGCCGGCAACAUCAUGCUCACACAGAAGCUGGCACCUCUGCUCAAGACCGAUGCCAAGUUGUAAGAGGCACAGCAAGGAGCAGCAGCAGCAUUCCACAAGCA